AGUUCUUUCCUGAUGAGAAAGCUUUGUCCUAAUUACGAUCGGGAGGAUGGACUUGAAACGGUGCUGGAAGUGCCCGUCCCUGAGGAAAUGUUCUCAUCUAACACCAGGAACAGCGGCAAGUCUUGGCACAGUAUGAAGUCUUGGAUGAGAUCCCACGUCUACAGAUCAUCUUCGCCGGCCUCCACCGCAGGUGGAGGUGCUCGCAACAACGAGCUACAACUCUUGCUGGGUGUGGUUGGAGCUCCCCUCAUCCCUCUCCCCAUCCGUAAUUGUCAUUCCUCCAUCACAAGAGACAAAAUCAAAGAUAAUCCCAUUGAGUCUUCGAUGGCGAAGUAUAUAGUGCAGCAGUAUAUUGCGGCGAUGGGAGGGGAUACUGCUUUGAAUUCAAUUGACAGUAUGUAUGCAGUGGGAAAGGUAAAGAUGACAGCGUCAGAAUUCAGCACUGGUGAUGAUAACAAUGGAAACAAAGGGUUGAUGAUGAUGAAGGUUAACAAUAAGGGGGGAAGGCAUGGACAUGGAGGAGUAGCAGAGGUGGGUGGGUUCGUGCUGUGGCAGAAGAGGCCCGAUUUGUGGUGCUUGGAACUGGUGGUGUCAGGGUGUAAGAUCAGUGCUGGAAGCGAUGGGAAGGUGGCGUGGAGGCAGACACCUUGGCACCAUUCUCACGCAUCUAGGGGUCCAUCUCGACCCCUUCGUCGUUCCUUACAGGGUCUGGAUCCGUGGUUGACCGCCAACCUAUUCUCAGAAUCAGUAUGUAUAGGGGAGAGGACGAUCAAUGACGAAGACUGCUUCGUGCUGAAGCUGGAAGCGGAGCCAUCAUCGCUGAGAGCCAGGAGCGGCAACAACGUAGACGUCAUCAGGCAUUCGGUGUGGGGAUAUUUCAGCCAGAGAACGGGGCUUCUGGUGCAGCUGGAGGACUCUCAUCUCCUCCGCAUCAAGACGGCCAAUCAUGACAGCGUUUUCUGGGAGACAACCAUGGUGUCUCUCAUCCAUGACUAUCGCUGCAUUGACGGUAUUAACAUCGCCCACGGCGGUCGAACCACCGUCUCCCUGUUCCGGUUCGGGGAGAGCUCUGAUACACACUCUAGGACCAAGAUGGAAGAAGUCUGGUCCAUCGAAGAAUUCGACUUCAACGUUUGGGGUCUGUCCAGGGAUUUCUUCUUGCCUCCUGCUGACCAAAAGAAAGAAGUUAUCAAGGAACAACAGCAGCAACAAGAUUCUGAAGGGUAUGAUCAUCAUGUUCAUCAUGUUCAUCAUGUUCAUCAUGUUCAUGUACCCAGCCAGACAACAGCCAACGUGCGAGUCCUCAGGAGCCGUUCACCUUCCUCAUCCGUCAAGGUCAAUUCCUCUAAGGUGGCGGCCAUUAACGUUGAUGACUUGGAUUCAAUUUUUGUAACAGUACCAAUUUCAACACAAGAGGACAAGGACAGAUUGUAA